AUGUAUAGACACAAAAACAGCUGGAGAUUCAGCUUAAAAUACCCACCAAGCUCCAAAGAAGAGACCCAAGUCCCCAAAACAUUGAUUCAGGGCUGCCAGAGGAAGAGCAGCAGCAGGGUGGGAGAGAAGCUCCGGUCAGCCCCCAAGAUGCCACUGCCCCCUGGCCUGCUGCUGCUGCUGCUCUCUGGGGUCACAGCCACUGCAGCCCUGUCCCUGGAGGGCGGCCCCAUCGGCCCAGACAGCGAGCAUAUGCAGGAAGCGACAGAAAUAAAGAAAAGCAGCCUCCUGACGUUCCUCGCUUGGUGGUUUGAGUGGACCUCCCAGGCCAGCACCGGGCCCCUCACAGGAGAGGAAGCCAGGGAGGCGGCCAAGCGGCAGGAAGGUGCGCCCCUCCAGCAGUCCACGCGCCGCGACAGGACGCCCUGCAAGAAUUUCUUCUGGAAGACCUUCUCCUCCUGCAAAUAAAACCCCACCCGUGAUUACUAAUGCAGGUGUAAUGAUGGACCCAAAUAAAAUGUAUUAAGCAGCAGUGAUCUUUCCUCUUCUUCCCAUUUGAAAAGUAUUUUUUAUUUAAAUUCCAGUAAUGCCCAAUACUGACAUGUUCUGAGUAAUUUGAAACCCAAAGUGAACAUCUCUGAGAAAGAUUUUUUUGUGGUUUUACUCGACUGUGCUUAGUGCAGCCACUGGGUUUUCCUUUUGACAUUCGUUACGGUGCUGGGAAGCUCUGUCUUUGAUUUAAGAUAAAAUAGCCAAAGACU